AAACGUGCUUCAUACACACCACGUGAUAACAACUGUACAAUACACUAUUGUUAACAUGGCUUCAGGUAGCAGUUUAGCAGGUAAGGUGGCCAUAGUAACAGGUGCAUCAAGUGGUAUAGGAAAGGCCACAGGGAUAGCUCUAGCGAAAGCAGGGGUUAAAGUGGCUUUAGCAGCCAGACGAAAAGACAAACUAGAAGAAGUAGUUAAACAAAUAUCUGAAAAUGGAGGAGUAUCUAUUUGUGUAGAAACGGAUGUUACCAAAAGGGAUCAGAUUAAGGCGUUAGUUCAUGAAACAAUAACAAAGUUAGGUCCAGUAGAUAUUUUGGUAAAUAAUGCUGGGUUGUGGUAUUAUAGUCUUAUGCAGAAUCAAAUGGAAGAUCUCUGGGAAGAACAAAUCGAUGUAAACAUCAAAGGUUUAACCAAUUGUGCUGCGGCUGUACUUGAUGGAAUGAUAAAACAACGUUCUGGUCAUAUAGUCAAUAUGUCAUCUGAUUCUGGUAAAAAGGGAUACCCGGGUCUAGCAGUUUACACAGGAACUAAGUUUUAUGUGGAAGGAUUUUCCCAGACGUUACGACAGGAAGUGUGUAAAUUUGGAAUAAGAGUCACGUGUAUCCAGCCGGGAGAUGUUUCCGUCGAAGACAGAGACAAAACGCAUCCUGAUCCACAGUCGAAAGACUUAGACACCUCAUACCAAGCCGGAAAACUUCUAGAUCCAACAGACAUAGCCAAUGCUGUGUUGUAUGCUGUUUCACAGCCGGAAAAUGUUGCAAUAAAUGAAGUUCUUGUACAAAACAGAGAAUUCCCUUUAUAGACCUUAUAUCUUAAUGAAUUGUUUAUAUAUU